AUGCUUCACUCCACCGCUCUCGUCGAUAUUGUCAACAAGACGCUUCCAUACCAAGCUCUUGGAGACUCUCUGCUCCCAGUCAACAACAAUGCCGAGUUCAUGAGCCAUACCAACGCCAUGACUGUCACUUUCACUCAUGAUGAGCAACCAGUGGCUUUCGGAUCCAUUGUGAAGUGCAAUGAGCGACAAGCUUAUGUUAUGUUGGGAGAGAUUGAUAAGAAGUUCGAGGAUAAGACCGUCUGGAUUGAGGAGGCUUCUGUGGAGAACAAGCUGAACUACGUUUACAAGAUCACUAAGGCGGUCCCACUAAUCGAUUAUUCUGGAGAAUGCCAUUUCGAGCAGACCUUCAGAAACCGUGAAGAAAAACCAGUCCACCUCCACCUCCUGGACCUUCUUAUCAACAAGAGCGUCGGACUCGUCGACAUGGACAUCUCCAAAAACAUUACUGUGGACUUUGAAAAAUACUCAAACUUUGCCUCGUGGAGAGAUACCGUCGGAUUUGUUGUUGGCGAUAAGCAUCUUUUCGAGCGCAUCACUGUCAACAGAUUCGAGCUUCUCUCAUUCGCCACUGACAACGCCGAAGUUGUUGUUGAGGAUGUCAACCCCGAGAAAAUCGCCGAUGUUUUGGAUUACGAUGCUGAAGUGUCCAUCUAUAACAGAGAAGACUUUUUGGCCGCUCUUCUCAAGACCGGAGGGGUCUCCGCUAAAGUUGCCAAGGAGAAUGGACAAAUCACUGGAUACAUCGUCAACACUAAGGAUAACAUUCUUCAGUGCUAUGGAGAAAAUGAGAACGCUCACAAAGCUCUUUUCUCUGCCGCUGCCGCCAACAUGAACGCCAAGGUCAACAUGUACAUUCGCAAGGAAUCGUCUCCACUCAUCGAGCAACUUUGUCAGACCACUGAAAGUCGUGUCCCCAUCACUAGACUCAACACUCGCGUCAUCGUCAACACUGUCAAAUACGGCAAAGUCGCUUGCCUCAACAUGGGACUUCAUCUUUUCUAA